AUGGGACCGAGCAGUCAGCCUCUCAAUGAGCCCGAGUUGACCCAAGCAGCCGGUUUGCGGGCGCGUGCAGUGAAGCAUGGUCAGGAAAGCCUGAUCUUGCGCAAGUACAUGCAUGAGCCUGGCCACAACAAGGCCAUUGCCCCAGCAGCAGACCAUGUCAUGAAGGAGAUUGGAGAGAUGCUUGGAAAGCGAGACCGUGACGUUUCGCCAGGUCCUAUGCCCUCAGCUGGCACAGAUGAUUCAGACUGGAGCGCCGUUACGCCUGGUGGAAACUAUGUGGGGAACCUUGGCUAUGCGCCUCCGAUGCCAGCCCAGGAUUUGUCUUCUCAUGCCCGUCCGUUCGAGAAUACGAAGAUUCCUCUGCCAGCAGAUGUGGAGUCAGUCCGUGAAUGGGGCCAGACCAUUUGCAAGAUGGAGAAAGUCAAGAGACAGCUUCCAGAGAAGGUCACUCCUGGUGUUGACCUUGCCACCUACCUCGAACGUGUGAAGUUUCAAGGUGGUGCAGGCAUUGAAAAGUCGGCAAUUUUCCAGCGCGAGCUGCGCAAGUAG